GACAAAUGCUUACCGAUCCGGUGUCAGUAUCAACGAUGGUAUCCAAUCAUCUGUUCUACGUUAGCCGGGCAGAUAUAUUUUCGGUGUACCCGGAGAUAUUGCGCGAGUUGCUCGUCCUCGAAGAGCUUCUGUUUCGCACGAAAGCGAUUACGGCAUUUGGACAUACGAUCGCAGCAAGCGAUCGCGUUCCGUUGCAGCUACCGAGUGAGUUCGAGUGGCAACUGAAGCAGUACUUCCGGCUACUGGAGCAACAGAAGAAGAUAAACGCUGCCACGGAGAAAGGAAUCCAGCUGAAAAGCUCCCUGGAGAAGGUCGACCACACCUACUGGGAGGUGAAGGCCAAAUCCAUCGAUGAGGUCGUAUCGCCGAUGACUUCGCCCGCGAGUGGUGAUUCUUCAGCCGCAUCCUUUCGCCGACGACGACGCCUCUGCAUACUGGACAAUCCGAUCGACUUCUGUGACAUCGCGGCAUACAACCAGUGGCGCCUGGAGGACAUCGUACGGGCUGGCAAGUUGCUGCACAAACCACCAUUACCGGUGCAGUUUGACGAUGAGUACGAGAUGCGUAAAGUGUACUCCAUGAUUUACGACGUUUACCGGUUCAAGCUAGUUCUUCAACAGGCAUUGAAAAACAUUGGUUUCUACGAAAGCUAUCCGUUGCUAGCCCACGAAACUACCCGCGUUUGGUUGCUGCUUUACGAUAUGUAUUUGCGGAAGUUUGUGAAGCGCGAACCGGACACGGUGCCGCAUAAAGAUCAGCUGUUCCACGAGGCACAUCUAUUGGAAAUUGAACGAUGUCUCGAGCUGAAUAGUGUGAAAAUUGCGGCAGCUCUCACGCGCAUCCGGAUCCAGAACAGCGCCUAUAAUAUGCAGUGCUUGCUACCGCUACAUCUGCAGGACAAUAAGGUAGCCGUCGUCGUGUCAAACCCCAUCCUAACUGGCUGGAUCAAUACGUUUCGCAUUCGUACGAAGCACGAAGCAAACGAAAUUCUAAAACAACUUGGGUUCGAACUUAUUGAACCGCCCGCACCGGCCAGCUUUCAAAGUUUGCUUAAUCUCUUCAGUCCACGGGAAAAGACGGGAUAUGUGCCGCUCACGAUAAAUCGCUACAAAUGGGAUCGGCUGUGUCCGCAAGUUCUUUUCAUCUAUCCGGAGGAUCGUUCCAAAUUUGUGCAAUCAUCCAUUUUUCUCGACCAUCAGUUCAUCAUCCAGGAUCGUUCGUUUACCGUCGGUCCAACGGUUUUCUCCAACCUGCUCGACUACUUCGAGGUGCAGGGCGAUGUACUACAGACCCAUAUCGCUUCACCCCGGUCUACCGCGUAUCUGGCCACGCUGUUGGCAAACUGCAACCGAGUGCGCAACUUUGUCGCCUUCGGGUGUGGUAACAAAUUGGGCGAGUAUCGGCAAUAUAUGGCCGAGCUGGGCGUGACCAAUGUCAAGCUGUUCGCGGAACCAUUCUCCGACGUUCCGCACGGUUCGCCGAUAGUCGAUAAGGUGGUGGGAAUCUUGGCAAACCCGCCCAGCUCCUACAGUGCCGUGAGUGAUCCGAUUGAUCUGAUCUGCAGCCGGGGCGGUGAUCUUUCUAUGCUGGAAAUGUUGUCCGAGUCGGAAAUGACGGACGACAGUCGGCGAAGGGUGUCGAAGCUGCUCGAAAAGCAGCGGGAAACGCUCAAGUUGGCGAUGUCCCGGCCUCAGGUUCAGUUCAUACUCUACCAAACGCACUCGAUCGUUGAGACGGAGAACGACACAAUGGUACAGAGAGCGGUCGAAUAUACCAACCAAAAAGCGUUCGAGGUGCAUUACAAGGCAAUGAAGGAACGAGAAUUGGCCGCAAUUGCCGAAGCGGCAGGUAAUACGUUGGUGAACCGACUGCUCGGUAGACAGGAGGCGGCUGCUCGGGCCAAAGCCGUAGACGUGUCCGACGGCGAACGGGACGGAGCUGACGGUGGCGCCGAUGGGACGAGCACACGAAAAAACUCCGAAGAAGAGGUAAACGUGCCACCGACGGAUCAGUUCGAGGUGGUAGAGCUGCCCGACUUUUGUCCCCAACAGGACGGUUGCUUGGAUUUCAAGGAAUGUGGAGUGUUUCUUUCGCUCGUCAAGCGCAAAGAAGUGAUACGAUUGGAUUCAAAGUAUCUCAUCAAGAUUGCGGAACUGCGCGGUAUUUUCGGUGACGCAAACAAUGAGCCACGGUUCAACGUAAAGGUUGCGAAGCGUACGGAUCGAAAGUCGGAGGAACAGGAAGCGCUCGAUCUGCAGAAUCGCAAGAAGCGUUUGAAGCGGCGUGGUAGCAAUAUGGAUUCGUUAAUCACACGCCUCAACACACCGACCCAGGCAUCCCUGAAACGUGCGCACCAUCAUCGGAUGUCCUCGGUGGAACAUAAGUUUAUGUUUUUCGAUGCUUACCGGGAAUGGUGUCCAAAGUAUGCGAACCGGAGUGAAAAUAAUUUGAGUGUAAUGUCCGACGACCGCUCAUCGACGGUCUCGAUUGUUCGUGCACGCAUCUGGUGGAAGACGACUAUUCACUAUGUGAUGCAAAAACUUCGUCUCGCCCGAUUAGAUGGCCCGGAAGAUGGGAGUAUCGAGUUUCCGCCGCUGCUAUUGCGUCGCUAUCCAAUCGGAUGUCGGCAUGGGGAAGAGGGAACGAAACGAUUUCGUUGGAGUCAUCAGAAUCGUAUACCUUACCCACUGCCCGUACGAAUACUCGAGUUCCGGCAGUACAACUCCGAAAAUAGCUUGUUACACAAACCUACAGAACCGGAUAAGGAAUGUCCAACAAGGACGGUGAGAUUAAGUCGACAGAACGCACUCACUACAAACUGUGCCGCUCCACGUGUUCGUUUGAGAUCGUCCCAAUCUUGCUAAGAUGCUCUACGACACACUCCAGGAAAGACAAUCAUCAUUCGCAAACAAACACUGCAAUCCAAAAAUGUCACAACAAAGCAUCAAAGCAAUCAGCUGAAACAGAAUAAAUCAAUCAAUGCUUACUAUGAUCAGUAGAUUAAAUGUGUUUCUAUUUUUAG